GAACUGAUAGCCCGCUGCUGACGUGGUUCCGAAUUUAUGCGGUCGGCGUCUCUUACAGUGGGUGGACUUGGAAGGGCAUUAGCAGUUCAGUUCCAGCCGACCAGAACGGGAUUAUGAGGUGGAUUAAUAGAGUGGCCUACGGAGCUGGUCAGAUGCAGAAGGAUGUAGCUGGUUCAGUGCUCAAUAUUUUUGCGAUUCUGUAUUUUGAAAAUUGUCUGGGCAUACAGAGCGUGCAAGUUGGUACCUUGUGGUUGUGUGGUCAAGUGAUGAAUGCUGUCAGCACGCCUUUAGUCGGAUUCCUUUCCGAUCACGCUGUUCAGAAAACGGAAAAAUCGCUUCACCUCAAGCCGAUAACAACCGAGUCGCUUUCUCGUAAACGAAAGUGCUCAGCUGGGAGUUGUAAGCGCUACAUGAGUCUCAGUAACCGGAAAGCCUGGCACCUAUACGGAAGCCUACUAAUGACUAUCAGCCUGUCAGCUUUGUUCGGACAACCAGAACAUUUCUCUGAGUUUCCGGUAUGGGCAAAAUUACUGAUCGUUGGUGCAUUGCUUAUUUUUAUCCAGGUCGGCUGGGCUGCUGUACAAAUCUCACAUUUGACCAUGAUCAACUAUCUGACAUCAGAUCCGACUGAACGAGUAUUGUUGAUCUCGAUGCGCUACCUCUUUGCUUCUGUGGCAGACAUCUCUACGUUUAUAGUGUCAUAUGUAUUACUGCAACCCAGAGUUGCCGCAUUGCCGGACGGUGUCCAGGCUGUGAGCGACAUGGUACCAUCACACAACUCUACCAAAGAAACCGACUUUGAACUGCAUGAGUUCGCAACCGUGGGAAACGCCAGCCAGUUUACAGCUAAGGACAUGCCAUUUUUCCGGACUGUGAGCUUGGUCUUGACUUCGUGGGGGUUACUUUUCGUACUGUUCUUUCAAUUCGUGGUCCCGGAGCGUCUGAUAGGUUUAGAAGGAGUGGAAAAGUUGGACGUUAACGGAAUAGAAGGGAAGCAAGUUUCGGUGUCUUCCACCGACAGGAUCGAGUCAGUUCCACAGUUUAUCAAAAGUCUCGACGACUUCAGAUCGCUGGAAAAGCCGUCAGACGAAACUUGUCAUUGUCAGUCCAAGUCUUGUGAUCAUCUACGGCCUGUGAGUUCCCAUCGAGAAAAUCAGAACAAGGGCCUCACCGUUCUUCCUCUCGAGUGGUACCAAUGGUUUCGGCAACCGAGGUUCUGGAUCGGCUGUUUUAUCUUUACAACUAUGCGCACCAGUGUUAUGCUUUCUAAUUUCUACCUAUCUCCAUUCUUGUUACACACACUUAAAAUGGAGAAAUCAAAGCUUGCAUUAGUUCCGCUGGUCAUUUACGGGACGUCCAUGCUCACUGCCGUUGUCCAACAGCGAGUCGCGAAACUGACUGGUCGCUUGGGUAAUACUGCCAUAGGAUUGAUAUUUACUUUGACCUCCUGUAUCAUGCUGGCAUUCCCCCAACCGGAUGGGAGCUACCAUGGCCUUGUCUACAGUGCCGCAGUGGUGUUCGGUAUUGGAAGCGCAUUUAACAAUGUCGUCGCCAUAUUGGUGGUCACUGACAUUAUCGGGACCAAUCAAGUUAGAACUGCUGCUUUCGUUCAUGGUUUUACCUCACUGAUGGAUAAAGUAUUUUCCGGACUAUCGGUUCAAUUAAUUCAAGUGGCGGUACCUCAGUUGAGUUAUCGGCAUGUGCAAGUGUACGUCGCAGGAGGUCUCCUUUUGGUCGGUGGAACUCUUUCCUUCUAUGACUCCUUUCGAUGGUCGAUAGCACGAACAAGCGAAGCAAAAAAGGAAGGCGCACAAGCAGUCCCCAACACGCACGCUCCAUCUGACACAGAACAUUUAAAUGGGAUACCAAAGUCAACGGAACGGUGUGCGGUCUGAUUCAACCCAACCCCAGAAUGACAUUCUGUAUUUCUAACCAGUAAACGUGUUUUUUUGUAACUCCUUUGAUCUUUCCUUACACGCAAGCAUUUGGCAAUGCAGAGCUAUACAAAUAUCUGACGUUUUACGUCCAUUCCACUAGGAUAUACUGAUGCACGG